CGACAUUAUCAUGAGUAGAAACACUACUUUAUAUUCAAUUCCAAACAUGCUAUAACUAUAAUAGAAACAUUAGCUAUAAGACGCUGUUAAUACACGGACGUGACGGAGUUGUGUUCUCUUUGUGUAAAAAAAACGUGUGUUUAGUGAAUCUGUGGUCAUAUGUUAUCUGUGCAAUGAGAUCCUUGGAUUGUGUGGCCAAUAAGGUGACGGGAAGUACAGAAGUGUUCGCAGUUAAUAUGAAUUCGCAGAGUUCCCUCAAUGUCCAUCAAAAAGAUCCUGAAGCCCAGAACGAGAGCAGCUGUCUCAAGACGAGCAAUAAAUGGCUAUGGAGAUUAGCCAUUGAUAUUCCACUCCUGACACUUGUAUUGGCUCUGGUGGUUCUGUUUGAGUUGGGUGUGCUGCCCCACCACAAGAAUGGUUUCUACUGCAACGACCCGGCUCUCUCACACAAGUUCACCGGCGACUCAGUCUCCAUGCAGUUCCUCGUCUUCACCAUCUUGAUACUUCCUAUGGCCCUUAUCUUCAUCGCAGAGUGCAUCUUACAAAACUCAUUCAGUACAAGAUUAUUUGAAAGUCCAACUAAGACUAUGCUCCACAUAUACCGGAGCUAUAUAUAUGGACUGUUCUUCAACCUUUGUGUCAUAGAGGUUAUGAAGGGCCUCGUUGGAAACCCGAGACCAACCUUCUUCGAUAUCUGCGAGCCCGAUAAGGCGAAGACUUGCAAUGGGUCUGAAUACGUCAGCAGUUACGAAUGCACGUCAACAAGAUUCAGCAAAUGGUUCCAGAGUGACUCCUACCACAGCUUCCCGUCCGGACACACCUCAUUGUCUAUCUACGGCGGACUCUUUAUGGCUUGGUAUCUGCAGAGGCGAGCAUUCGACUGGAAUCACCGCACUUACUGCGUGGUGCCAGUUCUGCAGCUGGUGUGUCUCUCGUAUGCUGCCGCGUCUUCUCUCACGCGUAUCACCGAUCACCGUCAUCACUGGUGGGAUGUCCUCACCGGCGCAGUCAUCGGUGUGCUAUGUGCGGUUCAUGCUGCCCUCGUACUGUGCGAGAACUUCAAAACAAGUCCACAUUUGAAGAACAACUUGAUGACGGAAAGUCAACAGACCGUACAAUCAGUGGUGUAUGAUAACACACAAAUAAAUAUAUCUUAGGUAUACAAGUAGGUUUAUUGAAUAUGUUAUAAUCAUACAAAUUAAAAUAAGAAGGUAAUAGUCGCGUCAAACAUAUCUCAAAGUGACUAUCGACCACGAGUGAGUUAGUAGUGAUUUAGUAUCAAUCAGAAUAGCGGACCCGAGGGUUGCCUACUUUUACUAGAACAAAUAGAGUAUAUCUGAUUUCCAAGGAGAUAAAUAAAGAGUACGGAUUUCUAUUCUAUACUAUCAUUUAUUUUGUAUUUUCAAAAAGGUAUUUUUUGUAUUUUUUGCUGCACAUAUAACAAUUUUUCAUGGUUUUAUAAAAAAUUAAGAAAUAGAAUUUUAAAAUACCCUAAAUGUUAUAGAUUAUAGAGCCUACAUGAUAUAGAGUACAAUAUAUCUAUUUUAGAGUACGUUUGACAACCCUGAGCGGAAGUGAAAGAACGCGUAAAUAUUGUGUAUUCCUUUCAUAAACUGCAAUUUGAUGUUUUUAUUAAUAAAUCAUAUUAUAAGUUGAAUUAACCUUCCACCAUCGACAAGUGCCCCGCGCCGCGGGAUGCCGCCAUCUAUAUGGGCGCCAUCUUGCCGCGCGUGCGGCGUCUAUUUUAGCGCAUUUAUUUUACGUGCAUCAAUUAUAAUUAAGAUGAUAUGACAGAAUAUAUAACAAAACUAUUGAAACAAGCUAUACGAUCAUGCAAAAUAAACUAUCUUAUAAACAAGAUGAGAGUCAGAACUUGUUCAGGGCGUAGUGUGCCAAACGGCACUUCCGAUUUUGGUGUAUAUGAAAGAUCUGGUGCCAAAUGGCACUGGUCGAUUUUGUAUAGAAUGUUUAUUAUUGUUUGGUUUGAGAGUUGUAAUAAAUAAUAAUAAUUUAUUUUUCAAUUUAAUAUUGAUCACUAAUAAUAUACUUAUACCACUGAUAGUUUUAAAUUUACCAAACAGAAUUACUGCAUCGCGAAUAUUUUAUUGUUCAGCAAUAUAUAUUGUUAAAACCAUGUAACUAAACACAGCAAUGUGAAAUCAUCCCGUAAGGAAUUAGCUUUUAUAACAUUUAUAUUGCCUUCUUAUUUAAAUUUUUAUAAUAAUAUUAUAUUGAAAACUGAGAUUAUCGGUAUGGGUCAUGAGUAGAGUAGUGAAACUGUUACAAACGUGCCACAGACUAAAAAAUAAGUUUGAUGACUUGCCAUUCGUUUGAUAUUCAAAACUGCUUCGGAGUGUACUCUUGUACUUUUUAUUACAUAUUCUUUGAUAAUACACUAACGGCCGUUCCCAAUAUUCAGUCUAUCUCUUAUUUGAGAUAAAAAUCGUAACUAUCGUUGACUUUCCUAUUCCAAUAAACUUAUCAACGGUAACUCACCUUAUCCGUGCAGCUUACCAGCGAUAUAAAGUUUGUAUGGAAAUUGCAAUUCACGCGUACAAUAUAAGGCGAUAAGAAUGACUAAUCGGGUAUAUUGGGACAGCUUCAGAUUAUUGACAGCUAAUUACUGACAGUAGAAUAGAUAUUGGGUACGGCCGUAACUAAGGUGAGUAUUCCUGAAGAUGACUCAGUGCGUAAUCUAUCCUUACAUACACAUAUUGUUGUCACAGUCUUCUUAAUUGUGAAUAAAAUAGACAACGAUACAUUUCUUCGUGUAUUGUAUUGAGAUCGUGCCCUCUGGAAUGCGAAGCUAUGAGGCUUUUGAAGAAAUAAGUGGAUCCUUCAAUAAAAGCAAAAACGCGCAUGUGUUAAAAGCAAAAACCUCUUGUGUUUCAAGAGAAUGUAGACGGUGAUCAUUUAACAUCAUGUCCUUGUAAGAUGAUAACCUCUUAUAUCUAGGAACUUAAACAUUACAAAAAACCAAUAAAAAACGUUUGUGUGGGAAAGGUUAUUAUAACAUACCACAGACUGGGAAUGAAGCGGACACCCUCAGGCUCUUUAAUUAUACAUGUUUAUUGUACGAUUUUACGUUGAAAUCAUAAUUAUUAAUUUUUAUCAAAAAAGCAGCCCGCUGAGUUUCUUGCGCCCGUACUUCUCAGGUCCGAGGCAGUUUAUUUUGAAUGGGUGGUUUUUGACGUUCAAUAAGUGAUUUUGAAUCCUAAUUUGAAUUUGACUAAUAAGAAUAAUGGCUUACAUUUUGUUCCAUAGAUAGCACCAACGGUGAGUUAAUUAGAUUUAAGGUUGCGUGGUCAAUUUAAAUAUGCGGUUUUACAUUCGUUUCGUAUAACAUUUUUUUUUUAAUUUUGACCUAACAGGUAUUAUGUAGCGGCGCAGGCACGUAAGCUCUCCUUACGUUGUCCACCUCUUUAAAAAUCUACCUUUCCACUUCAGGCCCAAAAUAAGCAUGGCUUAUUAACGAGUAAUUUUUGUUCCUAUCAGUAUACAUAUAAAGUUUAUAACUAAGUGGGAGGCUCCUUUGCACAGGAUGCCGGCUAGAUUAUGGGUACCACUACGGCGUGGUAAUGUAAACACUGUAAUGCUUACACAUUACUGUGUUUCGGUUUGAAGGGCGCCGUAGCUAGUGAAAUUACUGGGCAAACGAACUUAGCAUCUUAUGUCUCAAGGUGACGAGCGCAGUUGUAGCGCCGCUCAGAAUUUUUGGGGUUUUUCAAGAAUCCUGAGCGGCAAUGCAUUGUAAUGGGCAGAGCGUAUCAAUUACCAUCAGUUGAACGCCCUGCUCGUCUCGUCCCUUAUUUUCAUAAAAAAAAAUAAGUGGUAGAAGUAGCUUUGGCUUUGUCAAUUUCUCUAGUAAUUAUAAAAAUUCCCUCAACUCAAACACACUAAAUUAUUGAGAUUGUUUUUUGCAAAAGCAGACAUUACAUCGGAUAAGUAGGUAAUUAUAAACAAUUUGUUAUUUUAAAGUGAUAGCCUCACUUCUGGGAUAAAUUAUACAAAUUAAAUUUGUAAGUUAUUUGUAAGUUUAGUAAGGAGAUAACCUAAUUCAAAAUGGCGAUUUGUAUUUGCAAGAAUGCUUUUUUUGUUAACUGUUUUACUUACAGCAGUUCUUGUAAUUACAAUAGUUACAGUAGGUAAAGUACACACAUAUUAAAUAUUGACUCACAAAGUAGUUUUAGUUAUAUUUUUUCGACUGCGCCUUCGUUUUUCGAUUGACGUUAAGGCUGGGCUGCACAAACGAACUGAGCAAUAACAAACAUGUUAAAUUACCGGUAAAACAAAAAUGUGUUAACUGUUAACCGUAACCAUCCCAUCUUUGCCGGUUCAAAGCUAUUGUUAACGCUAAAUAGAUACCUGAUGUGUUAGAUACAUUCCAUAUUGACUAGAUAUUUUACUUUUUAUCUUUAACUUUAACUAUGCCAAGGAAUACGAUGGGGCAACACAUUCCGCAGCCAAUGUUAAAGUCAGCGUUUCUGUUAACGUUAAAUGUGACUUAACCUUAUAACCCAGCCUAAGAUAUUGUGCUAUACUGUCUUCUGCGAUAGUCAAUGAAAUGCUUGACGUACGAUAUGUACCACAUAGUUAUUGAUAUCAAAGGAAACUCUAGGUCUCUGUAGAUCUAUAGGUCUGUCUGUUAUAUCUAGCGAUACGUUUCAUAGUAUGUAAAGGCUGUAAAUAUAGAAGUAUUUUAAUUUGAAUAUAUAGUUCAACUUUUCUAUAUUAAAUUAAGAAGAUAUGUUAUAGCGCACAGAAAUCUUUAUUAGAUUUCUAGCAAUUUUAUAUACACACACGCAUGCUGUUCAAUCUAACUCACAGAAAUGAUAAGGAGGUUUCAGACAACAUGCAUUAAAGGGUGUGUUCCGAUAUGCACUGCGAGCACUGCACAGUGCUAUGACUGUAGAAAAAUUCGUUCCGUUAUGGACUACUAGUUUACUACCGCAGUACCAUAGGGAAAUAUAUGACGUCAUAAAUCGCCGCCAUAUUCUACGGUGAGCACUGGCGUUUUCGAGGUAAGGUACUCGCAGUACUUUUAUCACGUGAUCAGUCAAAACCACUCGAGUGCCUAACUUUUACGCCUAAUAUUUGUAGUUUGACAGUACUCCAACAACAGUUUUUUUAAUGAACUAGAAAACUUUAAUACACUCAUUUGAACGUUGCGUUAAAAAAAUGCGGCUGAUAGUAUACGGGAUUGCGUUCCGUUUUAAACAGUAACCAGUAUAACUGGCUAUAAAGGAACGGCUUCACAGUAUGCUAAAUUGACGUCACACUGUACAGUGGUCGCAGUGCAAUCGGAACAUAGCCAAAGUAUUCUAUUAUAAUUGUUGCUCUAUAAGGAGAUAUCUUUGACUGCUACUUAAUAAUUAUGCAUUAUGAUUAGAUAGAUACAGAUGUAAGUUGUUAAAUCAUAAAUGCUUUUAAAGAGAGAUUAAAUAUAAUUCUAAGAACCUGUAGUUAAGAAUUGUAUAUAAAAUAUGUUGUUUUAUACAUUACUGUGUAUAAUAUUGUAAAUAAAUGAUUUGUUAUACA